UGGGAGAGAUACAGGCUGUCAGAAACAGCUGACUAUGCUUCAUCCCAAAGAGAGUUUUGGGUCUAUAUGGUGACUUAAGAGUAAAAGCUCUGAUAAAAAUGCUUUCUUUGCUGAACAGAAGUGUGCCACUGUUCACACUGGCAAGAAACCUUUGGAAGAACAGCCCUAGUAGAAGAUGUAUAACUCCAGUGUUGUCCUCCUUUCUGGGCCCUACUGAACUGUGCAGAGUUCAUUUGGAACCUGAGGAAACAGAGAGUGUCAACAGGACCUUUUGUUCACUGGGGAAAUGGGGAAAGACAGAACCCAUCCGCAAGGCCUGUAAUUCUGCCUUUUCUCUGGGAAGCAAGAAGAGAAGUGAAUUUUGCUGAAGGGGAGAGUGGAACAGUCUCAGAGCUAAGCAGACCACACGUUAUGUUCUGCAUGGACCAAAGAGAAAUUGUACAGAAGUUCCUGGAUGAGGCCCAAAACAAGAAAAGUAACAAAGAGGAGCUUGCCAAUGAAUUUCUGAAGCUGAAAAGGCAAUCUACCAUGUACAAGGCAGAUAAAACCUUUCCAACAACUGUGGCUGAGAGGUCUAAGAAUAUCAAGAAAAACAGAUAUAAGGAUAUCUUGCCCUAUGAUCACAGCCGGGUGGAACUGUCUCUGAUAAUCUCUGAUGAGGAUUCCAGCUACAUCAAUGCUAACUUCAUUAAGGGAGUUUAUGGACCUAAGGCUUAUAUUGCCACUCAGGGUCCUUUGUCUACAACUCUCCUGGACUUUUGGAGGAUGAUUUGGGAAUACAGUGUCCUGAUCAUCGUUAUGGCAUGCAUGGAGUUUGAAAUGGGAAAGAAAAAGUGUGAGCGGUACUGGGCUGAGCCAGGAGAGAAACAACUGCAAUUUGGCCCUUUCUCCAUAACUUGUGAAGCUGAAAAAAUAAAAUCUGAUUACACAAUCAGGACGCUAAAAGCCAAGUUCAAUAGUGAAACUCGAACUAUCUACCAAUUUCAUUACAAGAAUUGGCCAGACCAUGAUGUGCCUUUAUCUACAGACCCUAUUCUUGAGCUCAUCUGGGAUGUGCGUUGUUAUCAAGAGGAUGAUAGUAUUCCCAUAUGCAUUCACUGCAGUGCUGGCUGUGGAAGGACUGGUGUUAUUUGUGCUAUUGAUUAUACAUGGAUGUUGCUAAAAGAUGGGAUAAUUCCUGAGAACUUCAGUAUUUUUAGUUUGAUCCAGGAAAUGCGAACACAGAGGCCUUCAUUAGUUCAGACUCAGGAACAGUAUGAGCUAGUCUACAGUGCUGUAUUGGAACUAUUUAAGAGACAGAUGGAUGUUUUCAAGGAUAAAUGCUCUGAAACAGAGAUUCAAGCAAGGCAUUCAGUUCCAGAGCAAAAUCUCACUUUAGAAGCAGACUUCUAUUCUCUUAGUUUACCAAAAAGUUCAUUAAAAGAAACAAAGAUGAUGAAUCAACAAAGCAAACAAAAUACAAAGGUGGUAAGAGCAGAGGGUUCUUCCUUUGACUUCAAGACUUCUGAAAUACAUGAAGGGGAAAGAUUAGGUUUGCAUCCUGCUAAACAGAGCACUUCUUUAGAGUUUUUGGAGCUAAAUUGUGGUUGUAACAAAAACGCUGACAGAACCAAGACAUGGGAGACAAAAGCAUUUCCAACGGCUGGAGAGCCUCUUCAGAAGCAUCAAAGUUUGGACUUGAGUUCCAUUGUGUUUGGGGCAUGUCCUAAUUCGAAACCUGUAAAUGCAGCAGGAAGAUAUUUUAAUUUGAAGGGGCCUAUAAUACGGACCAAAUCAACUCCCUUUGAAUUGUUACAGAAGAGAGAAACCAAGGAGUUGGAUAGGAAGGAAAAUUUUUCUUAUUUGGAAUCUCAACCAUACAAUUCUUGUUUUAUGGAGCUUCAGCCUCAAAAAGUAACAAAUGUUCCUUCAGCAGAACUGAGUUAUUCAUUGCCACAUGACUGUAAGCACCAGAUAUGUAAUGCCCCCAGUGUAAAGCAGCAUGACUCCAGAACUUUUAGUGUAGAUUCUUACAUGUCUUUGGUAAAAGAUUCUUAUUUCCCACCAUUGCCUCCAAGUAGUGCUGGUUCUAAGAUGUCUCUUGAUUUAUCUGAGAAGCAAGAUGGAUCUGUUUUUCUUUGUUCUUUGUUGCCAACAUCCCCUACAACCUUCUGUGAUUACAAUUCACAUGAUCCUUUAGCAAUGAAUCCUCCAACCAAUUUUGAACUCCCAUUGAACCAAGAGACAGCAGUAGUGGCAACUUCUCCAAGGAUAGAUGAUGAAAUCCCCCCACCACUGCCUGAACGGACACCUGAGUCUUUUAUUGUGGUAGAGGAAGUCGGAGAAUUUCCACUCAGUGCACCUAAACCCUUAUCUUCAGCUGUAAAGAGUGUAAAAAUCCGAAGUCCAAAAUCAGAUCUACAUCCUGAUCGCUCUUCAUCCCCACCACCUCCACUCCCAGAAAGAACCCUCGAGUCCUUCUUUCUUGCUGAUGAAGAUUGUAUGCAAGCCCAAUCUGUAGAAACAUAUUCUACUAGCUAUCCUGACUUGAUGGAAAAUUCAACAUCUUCAAAACAAACAAUGAAGACUCCUGGAAAAAGUUUCACAAGGAGUAAGAGUUUGAAAAUUUUACGAAGUAUGAAAAAGAGUAUCUGUAAUUCUUCCCCACCAAGCAAACCUGCAGAAUCCAUUCAGUCAAAUAACUCCAGCUCCUUUCUGAAUUUUGGUUUUGCAAAUCGGUUUUCAAAACCCAAAGGACCCAGGAACCCACCACCAACUUGGAAUAUUUAGUACAAUUUUGGAUUUACAAGAAUAUAGGCUGCGAGUUAUCUGCAAAUAAAACUACUAGAAUACUGCUAGCUAAAAUAAGUGUAUGCUAUAUUCAUAAUAUCAACAAUGAAAAUAUACUAAUGUGUUGAAUAGCUUUUAAAAGAGCAAUAUGCAAAUAAAUGCCAGAAGUUUUGCAUUUUCA